ACGGUGACCCCGCGGCGGCGGAGCCGGCAGCACAACGGCGAGCUCCGAUGUGGCGCCUGGCGGACCAAGCGCGGCCGCCCCUGGGAGAUGAUGCUCUGCAUCUACGGCUUCCCCACCAACGUCGCCGCCCUCCAGUUCGAGUGGGCGUGGCAGCACCCUACCGAGUCGCUGGCCGUUCGCAAGGCCGCCGCCGAAUUCAAGUCGCUCGGCGGCAUCGGCAACAAGGUCAAGCUCGCCUACACCAUGCUCAACCUCCCUUCAUGGGAGAACUUGAAUCUCACGGUGAACUUCUUCUCCACCAAGAAUACCAAGUUCACCGCGGGCUGCCCGCCCCUCCCCUGCCACAUGAAGACUGUCGUUAGCCCGAUGGAGGAUCUCCCGUGCUACGUCGAGGGCCUUUCGUCCGAGGAUGAUAUUAUGGAGCCUAGAGAGGAUGAAGAAGAACGAGAUGCGGCUGUUGGCGGUGACACUUCUGAUCAUGGUUUGCAGACAAUGGAUUUGGGAACCGGAAUUGUAGGCGGUGAAUCAGACACUGAUGAGUUUUUUGCUCCAAUGGAUCGGAGUGAGGUCUUUGCAUCAGGAAUUUCAGAAUCCUCUGCAGCCCGGCCAGAGGAAGAAGAAACCAGAAGUGCUGGCUGUGAUGUUGAAUAUACCAUUGAUGACUUCGGUGAAUCAGACACUGAUGAGUUUUUUGCUCCGAUGGAAGGGAGUGAGGUCUGUGGAUCAAGAAUUUCAGAAUCCUCUGGGGCCCAACCAGUGGAAGAAGAAACCAGAAUUGCUGACUCUGAUGUUGAAUAUUAUCCCACUGAUGACUUCAGUUACAUGGAAUGGGGCGGAAUUCACGAGACAUCGGAAUUGCACGUGUCUAGAACACCACCUCGAUGUUCCUCGAGCUCGUGCAGCGAUGAUGUUGCCGGAAGAUCAGUAAACUGUGUGACAGGGGAAGCAUCUCCAGUGUUGAAGGCAGGUUCAGACGAUGGUAAUCUUUUCUUCCAUGAAAUUGAUGUGGUAGACUUGGUUACACCAGUCGCCCGGUAUGCUAGAGAUUGCAGCAAAGUGGCCAGCAUUUGCCCCAAGAUUAUUGAUCUGACAAAUUCCCCUAUUGUCAUUGAGUUGUAAUGCUUUGCUAGACUGAUCCAGUACCAAAUCUUGUUGUAGUAAAAUGUUAUCAUAGAAUAACAGCCCAGAGAUGAGACAGGUGUAUACAAUAGACGGAUUUGUACAAGACUGAGUGUUGAGACUCGCAGUACUCUUUUCUUGAGACAGAAUUGUUCACACAAAAAAAGUAUUCUUGUCGUUUCAUCAGAAAUAAUGUAUUGGGGUUCUACUAAUAUCUAUUGAAAUAUGUCAUCGUUUAACUGCUCA